UUUUUUUUUAUAUAUAUACAUAUAUCAAUAAUCAAUGGCACAAACUGCAAAGUAUGCAAUGGAAAAUGAGAUUGGCUGUGGUUUUAUGGGCUCACUUUUCCAUCUCAAGGGAUUAUUAAGGCCAAAAAACACGGUCAUGCUCGAAGUUGGCGGCGGCAGCCCACAUUCCAAGAAGCGGCAACCACUCGCCGAAGAAAACUUCUCCGGCCAAAACCCGCCGGAGAAAAACCCGAUUCCGGCCAGGCGGGCCCGAGUCUCGGACGCUGCAAGGAAAUCGUCGUCGUCGUCCUCGAACAACUCCGGCUCGAACAAAUCGUCCCAACUUACGGUUCCGUCCCUCUCGAAACCUCCCGCGAACGAAGAGUUGAGCCUCGCACUAUCCGAACAAGCGAAAUUCGAUCCAAACGGGGCCCACUAUCGAGCUUCGACGGGCAAUGUCAUGCUUUUAAGCCACUUGGGAAACAUUAAACAGCUGAAAAAGGACAGCACAAGUGAUCUGCCUAAGGUGAAUAUUGCAAAGAAGGUGGAAACCGGACAGCAUCAACUACUCGGGAACAUCGUUCGUAAUAGUCCGAGGAAUAAAUCGAAUCCUGAUGUUAUAAAGUCUCUAGGAAAUGAAAAGUACAAGCAGGGAAAAUACGAGGAGGCUUUAGCGUUGUACGAUCAGUCGAUUUCCGUUGAUCCAACAAAGGCUUGCUAUUAUAGCAACAAGAGUGCUGCUUUGGUUGAAUUGGGCCGUUUUGUGGAGGCUGUUUUUGUAUGCAGAGAGGCUAUUCGGAUCGAUUCUUCGUAUUUAAACGCUCAUUUUAGGCUGGCCAAACUGUACUUGAGAUUGGGAGAAGCCGAGGAAGCGAUUUAUCACUACAAAUGCUCAGGACGAAAAUCCGGGCCGGAGAAUAUUCUUCGGGCUCAAGAUCUCAAGAAUUGCCUUGAUAAGUGCAUUGAAGCUCGAAAUCUUGGAGAUUGGAAAAAACUGCUGAAUGAGACUAGUAUUGCAUUUUCCUUGGGUUCCGAUUCUGCUCCACAGAUUUACGCGAUGAAAGCAGAUGCUUUGAUUGGGCUCCGUUUACACGAAGAGGCGUACAAAGUCAUACAAAACGCACCGAUUUUCACCACCGAAUUAUAUGCUGAACUAUUCGGCUCCUCUGUCGCAGCGGGUCUAUUACAAGUUCAUGCACUAGUUUACAUGGCUAAUGGAAGGUUUGAGGAUGCUGCGGGCGCUGUUGAACAAGCUUUAAAGCUCGAUAACUGCAGCAAUAGCAUCAAGUUAACUGCGGAGAGAGUGAGAUGCGUGGGGUCCGCUAGAAUAAACGGGAACCGGUUAUUCAAGGGGUCUAGGUUUUCGGAGGCUUUGGUUUCGUACAACAAAGGGCUGGAGAAAGAUCCACACAACUCUGUUUUGCUGUGCAAUAGAGGUGCUUGUAGAUAUAAAUUAGGACAAUACGAGCAAGCGGUUGAAGAUUGUACGGCUGCUCUCGUUUUACGGCCUUCAUACUCUAAGGCCAGAUUGCGUAGGGCUAAUUCUAAUGCUCAGUUGGAAAAAUGGGGAGCUGCGAUUCAAGAUUACGAGAUGGUGAUGCAGGAAAUACCGGGAGACGAAGAUGUUAGUGCCGCGUUUUCGGAAGCAAAGAUACAGCUCAAUAAAAUGCACAAUACAAGUGGUUAAUAAUAUAGCCAGCCAGCCAGCCAAUCAGAGGUUGUCAAAGUUAUCUCAACAUUUAGAAUAACACUUACAUUGAUUGUUUCACAAGUUUUAAGGAAAUUCACACAACUUCUUUUUUUGUUUUCUUGUCUUUGUUUUGUUAGAGUUUGUACAGUAGAUUUUCGGCUUAGGAUUUUUUUCUUUUUCUUUUUGGAAAUUAAUAUAAUUUUCUAGUGUGUGAUUGGAUUGGCAAUUAUUAUUUAUUAAAAGAAAAAAAAAACAACUGGGUUUUUUUUUUCUUUUCUUUUUUUAUUAUAUCCCAACGUGUGCAAUUCAUGUAUGAUGGGCUCCUACUACAGAAAUUUCAGCCCAAUUAGUAAAAAGACCUUUAUAAAAGUGUGUUGGGCUCAAAAGUUUUGUACCUCUUCUCUCAUUGGUCUUUAAUUUGCUGCCACUUAUUAAAUGGAUGAAUUUGAAAUUAUAUAAAUUAAACUUAUUGAAUGCAAUGCAGAAUGUCUUUAAUCAUGGUUACUUUUAGUGCAUCUUAAAUUGAGUUAUUACAAUUGUCUUCUUUCCUUGUUUGGUAAUGUGUGUCUUGCCUCAUUAUUUGUGAUACAUGGACUUCUAAUUACCCUUCGAGAUUCGAGCAAAAAAAUGUGUAAUUAAUUAAAGUCUCGGUUGGUUGUCAAGAUAGGAUUAGAUCCGAUCAGAUAAAUAACUUUAUUGUGUGAUUGGACUAGAAAAAGGUUGAUAACAAAAUUUUCAAAUAAAAGUUCUUAU